AUGUGCUAUUUUAAGCGAAAAAGUGUCUGCGAGUCAACCACAUCAACGUUAAGUUUUGUUAUUAUGSAGCAUUCAAACAUAUCGCAAGAUCCACAUUGUUCUAAGAGAGCCUCAUCUGGAACUUUUAAAACCCGAAAUGAGCUAAUACUACAGUGGCUGGAGAAAGAGAGUGAGCAUGAGUUCAGCGAUAUGGAUGAUGAAUGCAAUGACCCCAAUUUUCAACCAGAAACGGCACUUUUAGAUAAUGAUGAAGACAAUGAAGAACAACAUGCGACUACCUCUGAGACACAAAAUAUUUGUGAAGAAGUGAAUCAACACCCAACAAGCGACUACUACAAAGGUAAGAAAGGAUUUAUGUGGAGUGCAAGAGAGCGRCCAAAAACAUCUAGAACAGCAUCCCAUAACAUCGUUAGAUUACCAGGUYGCCUGCAAACUUCUACCUUUGAAGGAUAUUUACAGCUUUGGUCCAAAAUUUUUGACGAAUCCAUGUUGGAAUGUUUAGUACAAUAUACUAAUCAAAAACUCUGUAAUUACCGAGCUAAAUUUAAUAAUACUACRAAGGUGGAACUUAUGGAUACAUAUGUAACGGAAAUGAAAGCAUUCAUUGGCCUACUGUACUACACUUCAGUUUUUAAAUGUAAUGACGCAGAUCUUCGCACAAUAUUCGCAACCGAUGGCAGUGGYCGUGAAAUAUUUCGUUGUGGGAUGYCAAAUUUUCGUUUUUCUUCUUUGGUAAACUGCCUUAGGUUUGACGAUUCAACUACCAGGGCGGAGCGUCUCAAAGAAGAUCAACUUGCACCAAUUUCAAAUUUCUUCAACAAAUUUAUCCUAAACAGUCAAUUUCAAUAUACACCCGGACCAUACCUUUGCAUCGAUGAAAUGUUACUGCCGUUUAAAGGUCGCUGCAAGUUUAAAAUUUACAUGCCUCAGAAACCAGCACAGUAUGGCAUUAAAAUAAUGUUGUUAGUCGAUGCUCGCACAUACUACAUUUACAAUGCGUAUAUUUAUCAUGGUAAAAAUUCUGACGGCAUAGGGUUAAAUGAACAGGAAAGGAAAUUGGCAGCACCAACUCAGUCUGUAUUAAGACUUGUGAAGGUUGUCGAAAACUCAAACCGGAACAUUACGGCUGACAAUUGGUUUAGUUCUAUACCACUUAUGGAAGCUCUGCUGAAAAAGGGAUUGACUUAUUUAGGAACUCUAAAAAAAAUAAAGUUGAGAUACCAUCUUCUUUCUUACCGUGCAAAACUAGAGAAGUCGGGAAUUCAAUAUAUGGCUUUACGAAAGAAUGUACCCUAUUAUCAUAUGCACCGAAAAAAAUAAAGCUGUUUUGUUGAUUUCGUCUUCUCAUCAUUGUCAGGAAAUAGAUACUGAUACAAAAAAACCUGUUAUGAUAGCAGAUUACAACCAUACAAAAGGAGGAGUGGACAAAAUUGAUAAAAAGUGUUCGAUAUACUCAUGCAGUCGAAAAACUCGUCGAUGGCCUAUGGCAGUAUUUCAAAGAGUACUAGAUAUGGUUGGUGGGAACACCUUUGUCUUAUAUCAAAUGUGUACUGACAGUGAUGUAAAAAUGAGAAGAAAAACUUUUAUGCUCAAUCUGGCGAGAGAAUUGGGGCUAGACCAUAUGAAAUUCCGGGUGUACAAUGAAAGGUUGCCACGAGAACUAAGAAUGAUGCUCACUAGGGUUUUUGGCCUAGAUCUACCCCCUCCUCCACCAAUUAUUCAAUCUAAUCCACCAAGUGGAAGAAAAUUGUGUUCAAUUUGUCCCCAAAAAAUAAAAAGGGUAACAAGGUAUUGCUGUUGUGAUUGCUUAAAGCCAAUUUGCCUCCAGUGAUCCAAGCCUCUUUGUGAAACCUGCCAGGAAAAGUUGUAGGUUUUAUACAUAUAUAUAUAUAUACAUAUGAUCUCAAGUCUUAAGACUGUUUAACUUAAGUGCA